CUCACCUGAUGCAAAGCAGUGCUGGUAGCCCAAGAAGAAAGAAUAUUUCGGAGAGCGCUGAGCUCACGCGGUGGUACACCAGAGGCAGAGGAGUCUCCUCCACCUGUCCGGUGCUGAGAAAGCCCGCCUCACUGCGAGCAGACACAGCUGCAGACGGACAGAGGAUCCGGGACAGCUGCAGAGACCGAGGGCAGCGAAAGGAGACUGCUGUAAAGACUGCCAAAGAUUAAGGAUAAGCGAAAGCUGUUUAAAAAAAGCAAAUAUUAUUCAUGAAGUAAUUACAGCAAGUGUGACACAACAAAUUAGUUCAUUCGGUCCCCGGUCUUUGAAGUGAGCCCAGGAAAGCCAUCAUGGAGCUGCAGCACAACACCAAUCACAACCAAGCCUUGUGGAAAGAGAUGCCGUUGGAUUUCACAGAUGAGUGCUCACUUUCAGUGAGCGGCACCACUUUUCUCAUCAUUGCUUACAGUACAGUUAUGGCAGUGGGUCUCAUUGGAAACUCUUGCCUGGUGUUUGUCAUCACACGGCACAAGGAGAUGCGCAACGUCACCAACAUCUUCAUCGCCAAUCUGUCCUGUUCGGACAUCCUCAUGUGCAUAAUAUGCCUUCCUGUCACUAUCAUCUACACACUGAUGGACCGCUGGAUCCUAGGAGAAGCCCUUUGUAAACUAACGCCCUUUAUCCAGUGUACAUCAAUUACUGUUUCCAUCUUCUCCCUCGUCCUCAUCGCCAUGGAGCGCUACCAGCUUAUUGUCCAUCCGACUGGAUGGAAGCCUGUGGUGGGCCAGUCCUACUUGGCAGUGGCUGUCACCUGGAUCGUGGCCUGCCUAAUAUCGGUGCCUUUCCUCUCGUACAGCGUACUUACUUUGCCUUUCCAGAACCUGAGCAUCCCCUUCCCAAUCAGUGACCACCUUGUUUGCAUGGAGCGGUGGCCAUCAGUUGAAGAACGGCGAGCUUACACCACCUCAUUGCUCACCUUCCAGUACUUACUUCCUCUUGCCCUCAUCAUUGUCUGCUACAUGCACAUCUACCUGCGCCUCAGGAGGAGGAAGGACAUGGUGGAGCGCGGCAGGAACACCACUCAAAAUAAAAACAAGGGCUGCACAAGGAUCAACACCAUGUUAAUCUCCAUAGUGGUGGCAUUCGCACUCUCCUGGCUCCCUCUCACAGUCUUCAACACGGUGUUUGACUGGAACCACGAGGCCAUCCCAUUCUGUGGCCAUGACAUCAUCUUCUCAUUCUGCCACCUCACAGCCAUGGCCUCCACCUGCGUCAACCCCAUCAUCUAUGGCUUUCUCAACAGCAAUUUCCAGAAACAGCUCAAAUCCACCCUGUUGCGCUGUCGCUGCUGGGGUGUGGCAGAGAGGUACGAGAGCGUCCCGCUCUCCACUGUCAGCACAGAGGUUACCAAGGGGUCAAUUCUGAGCAAUGGAUCUAUCAGCAACAAUACUUAGAUCCAAGCCUUUUCAGUUAAAGACUAAGAAAUUACUGGGGCCUCUUCCGCCCUCAUUGUGUCAUCCUUGGAGCUUUUUUUCUUGCUUCACUGCGUCUAAAAGCAAGGUUGACAAUUAUGAAGUUAUAAACCUCACAAUAGCAGUCCAGAGGGAGCCGCCCGCAGACACUUAACCAGCAUGGCGUGGUGCCCUCAAUUCAAUAUGAGUUCACAUGUAAGAGGAAGUAGAUAACAAAAUUAUGGUACAAAGGUUGGACAAGUUUAAGUAUUGUUGGGCGACGGAAGGCACUUUACAUGAGCACUUUUGCAACUGUAUUCUGUAUAUCAAUUCCCCCAUGUGCUGCGGGCACAUACGAAUGAAGAGACAGCAUUUAGUCUGGUAUACAUCUGUCAUGUUUUCUUUCUAAAGCACUGGGAUCUACACACCUGUUUAGGGUUUGCCUUUUACACUUACUUACAAUAAAUGUGAGCAGUGGAACCACCGGAGCGUAUUGAAAGGACAAAGGUUGGGGCGCUGCAAAAGUUCUUUUCAAUUUUGCUGUUUUAUGUUAAUAAUAUUGAUGCAAAUAUUAAGGGAUUGUUAACUGUGAUGUGUUAAUGAUUAUGGACCGAGUUUCGUAACUGAGGAAAUAGAACAUUAGCGCAAUAAACGUGGCUCCAGGCAUUCAUUCAGACGAUUUACUGGCAUCAUAUUAAUGCAUUUCUCAUUACCUAAAUUCACCACAAACGAUGUAAUGAUAUUUUACAAAGAACCUUGGCAACCACUAUAUGCAUUUGCUUUAUAUGCUGUCUGCCAAGGGCAGUGCUCCCGUUCAUUGUGCGUGUGGAAUGUUUUUGCUCAUAAAAUGUGCCAUACAAUAUCCAUAUAUCAAGUGCCAUAAAACAAAAUGAAAGUGGCAGUAAAGGACUUUGUCAGAGCGAGGUUCCUCUGCUGUAUAUAUAAAUAACAUUGCUAAAUACAUGUAUAGCCUGUAAAAAAUGUGACAGUUAAAAUUUAUAGUGUGGUUGGGAAUAAAGUGCACUGUGUAG